GGAGCCCGGCUCGGCGGAGAACAGCCGCCGCCGCCGCCAGGCUUGUCAAGGGCGGUGGGCGGAGGAGGCGGAAGCGCGGAGGCGGCACCCCCCCCCCCGAGGAAACGGGAGCGGCAGAGGGCCCGGCCGAGCGCGCAGGGGAGGAGCUGGAGAGGCCGGGCCGCUGUGCCUGUUUUACGCACGGGAGAGCCUCAGCAGGGCGUCUCCCGAGGGGGGGUGUGGGGGUGGGGGCUUUAUGUCGCGGCACUGCUGCGCCCCCGGCGGAGGCGAGGGAGCGAGGCUGGAGGAGCCCCCCGAGGAAACGGGAGCGGCGGGGAGCGCGCCGGGAAGAGGAGGAGCUGGAGGCCGGGCAGCCGCUACUUUUACGUACGGGAGAGAGCCUCUUCUUGGCGUCUCCCAAAGGGGGGCACUCGAGCCCUGGCUGGCAGCGAGAGAACGGCCCCGCGGGUGGUCGCUGCCUGCGCCCCCGCGGGUGGCGGCGAGGCGAUGGAGUGAGAUUGGCUCCGGGUUGACAGGUGGGGGCGCCCCCGGGCGGUGGUCGGAGGAGGCGAAAAACGCGGAUGCGGCGCAACCCCAGGAAACGGGAGCGGCAGAGGGUGCGCAGGGAGGGUUCCGGAACGGAUUAAAUUUGAGAACCAAAGUACUACGGCUCCUGGCUCAGCUGCCCGCCAUGAGUUCCUUGCCGCUGCUGGGCGACAGCGAGCCACCGGCUGCGUUGCUGGGCGACAUCAAGACCGAGCCCCCCGAGGAGCUGCUGGCCGAGCCGGUGGAUCUGUCGGUCCACAAGACCAAGCCGCCGCCGCCGCCCCAGAACCCGCUCUCCUGCUUCCGGUCUGCCGCGCCGCCCGCUGCGCCGCCUGCGGUCGCGGCGCUCGGCUCUGCGUCCUCCGCCAUUCCUGCCGUCCUCUCUCCGGGCUCUAUCCUGGCCUCCAGCCAGGGCAGCGGCGGGCAGCAGAUCCUGCACGUGAUCCACACGAUCCCCUCAUUCCAGCUGCCCGGCAAGAUGGGCAAACUCCAGACCAUCCCGCUGGUGGUCCAGUCGCUGCCGGUUGUUUACGCCGCCAUGCCGGCCGACGGAGUGGCAGCGGCCGCUGUGACGGUGCCCCUCAUCGGGGGCGAUGGGAAGGACGCCGGGUCUGUGAAAGUGGACCCUGGUUCCAUUUGCCCGGUUGGCAUUGGCAGCGAGAGCGACGACAGCGCUUCAGAGAGCCGCCCGGCCUCCUUCCCCGAGCUCCAGAGAGAGCCUUCCUCUGUGAGCCAGAUGCAGGAGACCGGCUCCCCGGACCUCAAGAAGAGGCGUAUUCACCAGUGCGACUUUGAGGGUUGUAGCAAAGUUUACACAAAGAGCUCACACUUAAAAGCGCACAGAAGGAUACACACAGGAGAGAAACCGUAUAAGUGUACCUGGGAGGGCUGUACCUGGAAAUUUGCCCGUUCGGACGAAUUGACCCGGCAUUUCCGGAAACACACGGGCAUCAAGCCUUUCCGCUGCUCAGACUGUGACCGGAGCUUCUCUCGCUCGGACCACCUGGCCCUCCAUCGCCGGCGACACAUCAUGAUGUGAGAUUGGGGGGGCGGCAGUCACCCUCGUAACCCCCCCCCAAAACCCCCCGGGGGUUCAAAGGAGAAACUUUGGCAGAGCGAAGAACCGUGACGGCGAGUUCGAGACCCGAGCCAAUAUGGGUGGACUCUCUCGGACCUGGCUGACAUUCUCCGAAUAGGGACAGUCGAUGGAAGGUUUCCUUUUGGGGGAUAAGAAGAAGAACCUCAAUCGACGGGCGCCGUUUCCCCUUUGGCAGAAGGGGUCGAGCCGGACUUGAACCCGGAACCCUGUUCGACCGAUGGGGGUCGUUUCCAAGACGGUGGGGGGGUCUGGGGGAAGCAGAGCAGGGUCUCCCUUGUACAGAUCCAAGGAUGAGAUUUUGGGUGGCACUUUCCCAUAGAAAGGUAUCGAGUGAAAGACGUUUGAUGCGGAUUUUCCUCUCUAACCAUAGUGUUGAUCGCCAAAACAAAAGCCGUGCGAUGAAAUAAAUCCCAAGACAGGACAGGGAUACUCAAUCUUCAGCCCAAAGCGUUCCGAGUGCGAGUCCCAUAGAAAGGGAUGCAAACCGGAUUAAUCCGGACUUUUAAAAACGUCCAUUUAACAUGAAUUUUGCUCUCUUAACGGGAUCGUUGAUUCCCUUGAUUCCCCUGAAACUGAAACUAAUAAUCCGUGGACUGUACUAUGAAAUGAAGAUCUUGUAGAUGAUAGAAACUGAGAUUAGUUUUUCCCCUCACCUGCACUGACCUGAUUGAUUCGUUACGGACUUUUAAAAACAGCCAUUUGAACGUGAGUUUGGCUCUCUUAUCGGGAAUAUUGAUCCCUGAAAUGAAACCAAUAAUCAAUGGACUGUACAAUAAAAGAAGUAAGAUCUUGAAUAUGAUACAAAAAAUUGGAAUUUAUUUCCCCCCUGACUUGUACAAGUGAUAGUCGCGGUUUGGAUGGGGGACUUUGAUCCAUUUCCUUACCUUCCAAGUCCCGGACUGCAGAAUCCGGGACCGGCAGCCGUGUGACACCGGAAGUUGCGUCGACGUAACGUCCGGUGUCGUUUUGCCCUUCUAUGGGCACCGAAAAUGGCCGCCGCCAGCUUCGAAAGUCACUUCUACGCAUGUCAGGAAGUGCGUCGACACAACUUCCGGUGUCGUUCCACCCAUCUAUGGGCACCAAAAUGGCCGCCGCAGACACCGGAAGUCGCGUCUAUGCACUUCCUGGCAUGCGUAGAUGCGACUUUUGAAGCCGGCGGUGGCCAUUUUUGGUGCCCAUAGAACAGCAAAUCAGAAAGGAAAAAAUGGCCGCCGGCAGGAGAAAAUAACAGAGAAAAACGGGAGAUGAAGUGAUACGGGGGACCACCGGGAAAAGGUAAGUAAAAACGGGGGUUUCCCGGGGAAAACUGGGUACUUGGCAGCUAUGCAUUUCCGCAAUCACACAAUCAAUCAUUAGCUGACUAAUCAAUCGAGAGCUGAACUGGGAUCCACACAGUCACAAAAAACAAGGAGCCACAGGUUGGAUUCAGUACGAACAAAAUGAAGUGUUCAAAGCAGAUUAUUUUUUUUUAAAAAAAGAUUUUGCAAGUGAAAUUUCAAUACAGUGGAACCUCGACUUACAAAUAACUCUAAUUACGAAUGUUUUACUUACGAAUGGAGCUCCGCCCGCCAUCUUGGACGCGGUUUAGAUGGGAUUUUUUCUACUUACGAAUUUUUAGAUAGGGUUGCUUUGACUCACGAAUUUUUUCUCCCAAUGCAUUCCUAUGGGAUUCGACUUACACAGUUUUUCGACUUACAAAUGUGCGUUCGGAACGCAUUAAAUUCGUAAGUAGAGGUACCACUGUGUAUGGAACUGCCGUGUUUCCCCCUUUUUAAGACGUCGUCAUGUUAUAAGCCGUAGCAGGAUUUCUAUGCAUUUCUAUGCUUCUUUCGUACUCUUCUUUCUCUCCCCUUUCCUUCCUCUCUCCCUCCUGCUCCCUCUUUCCUUCCUUCCUUCCUUCCUUCCUUCCUUCCUUCCUUCCUUCCUUCCUUCCUUCCCUC